UCUAUUUCUGACUCUAUUGCUGCAUGCCCCCUUCAGUGGGUCUCACCCAGUGCGUCUGUGGUGGUGUUAGGGCGGCAGUAGGACUCUCUUUAGGCCUCGCAGGAUUCGCUGUGUGGAUCUUUUAGACGUUUCUUGGCUGUUUUGGAAGGUUUUUUUCUGCACACACACUCACACACAAACCGCCACCACCAUCACAUCUGGCUGACGACCACCACCACCCCCUCACUGUGCAGCCAUGGCUCUGUCUUCACGCUUAAAACUGUGGGAGAAGAAGAUAAAAGAGGAGAAGACGCCGGUGGCCACGGCUGUUCCUCCGCCGCCUCUGUCAGCUCUGCCGGGUGGUUUCCUCAAACAACUGGUCAGAGAUUCAGAGAAGGAGACCAAACAUAAAGAGCCGGAGGUCAAAGAGGAGAAAGCACCAAGCAAACUGAGCGACAACCUCGUGCAGCAGUUCCUCCUUCCAGAUCAGACUCCUCCGAUCCUCGAGGCAGAGAUGUCACUGCGGGCCGAACAGCUUAUCAACAGCAGCAAACAGCAAGAACAGAACUCAGACCAGUCGGACGGCAGGCCCUCGUCUCAGCGCCACAUCGUGUCUCCUGACCCCGGCGGCAAACAGGAAACUCGGCAGGACGUGACACCAGAGCUGCCGAAGCAACAGCAGCAGCAACAGAAGCAGCAGAAGCAGGAGGAAAAGAGGCCAGAGAAGAAGAUCAAGAAGCUGCUGCAGGUCGAGCAGAAGAAGGAGAAGAUAGAGGAGGUGGGGAAGAAAGAGGAGAGGCAGGAGCCGGAGGGAAGGCAAGCAGACACCACCAUAACAGAGCACAGCAGGAGGGAGGUGAGGGACGUUUGGUACGAAGCUGGAACUGUGUGGUACGCCAACAAGGACGGUUUCACCCUCGCCACUCAGCUGAAGCCGGAUGAAGGAACACCUGAACUGCCAGAGGGCCGAGUGAGGGUCCGCCUGCAGACGGACGGGUCGCUGCAUGACGUCACGGAGUUUGAAGUUGAGAAGUGUAACCCGUCAGAGCUGGACCUGUGCGAGGAUCUCAGCGACCUCCAGAGUGUGAAUGAAUGUGGAGUUCUGCACACGCUCAUCAGUCGAGCUAAAAACAACAAGCCACUGACACAGGCCGGACCCAACCUGCUCAACUUCUGGCCCCCGUUACAGGCCCACAGCAAGACCCCAAAGUCGCGGCGAGGAGAGUCGGUGUGGGACGCCCCUCCUGCCCUGGCUGCUCUGGUCAAACGGGUGUAUGUGUCUAUGGUGGGCAGCAGGAGAGACCACAGUGUGUGUGCGGUGGGACGCAGCGGAACGGGAAAGACCACAGCAUGCCAAGCCUUCGCUCACGCUCUCCUCAAACAAGCUGGUAGCACCGGAGAGAACAUCAGUGUGGAGCGUGUGCAGGCCAUGUUCACCAUCCUCAGGUCUUUUGGCUGUGUGAGCUCCCAGCACAGCGACGCUUCAUCUCGAUUUGCCAUGGUCUUCUCUCUGGACUUUAACCACGCUGGACAGGCUGCUGCUGGACACCUACAGACGAUGAUGUUGGACAAAUGGAAAGUGUGUCAGAAAACUCACGGAGAGAGCAACUUCCUCGUCUUCUCUCACUUGCUGGCAGGACUCAGCACCGAGAUGAGGACAGAGCUACAGCUGCACCAGCUCCCUGAGUCAAACUCUUUUGGCAUUGUUCAUCCUACCAAGGUUGAGGAGAAGCAGCGAGCGUCCGUCGCCUUUACCAAGCUGCUGACUGCCAUGGAAACGCUCGGCUUCUCAGCCGGAGAGCAGAACGCGAUAUGGCAUGUUCUGGCUGGUAUUUACCAUCUGGGAGCUGCUGGGGCCUGUAAAGUGGGCAGGAGGCAGUUUGUGAAUUUUGACAGCGCUCAGGUGGCCAGUAGUGUGCUUGGGUGUGAGGGAGAGGACCUGCACACUGCCGUCUUCAAACAUCACCUCCGACAGCUGCUGCAGAGAGCAACUGGAAGCAGCAGAGACAGAAACCCUGCCGCCGAGUCCGAGGAGGGUCCCAGGUUAACAGCUACUCAGUGUGUUGAUGGGAUGGCGGCUGGACUCUAUGAGGAGCUCUUCACUGCUGUAGUGUCCCUCAUCAACAGGGCUUUGAGUGGGCAGCAGCUGACGUUAGCCUCCGUGAUGGUGGUGGAUACGCCGGGCCUCAGGAACCCCAGACACUUUGCCGAGGAGCGAGGAGCCACCUGGUCUGAGCUCUGCCACAACUACCUGCAGGAGAGGCUGCUGGAGCAUUACCACUCCCACACCUUCAGACACACACUGGACAGAUACGCUCAGGAGAAGAUCCGUGUGAACUUUGAGUGUCCAGAGAGCAGCCCGGCUGAGGUUGUGUCUGCCAUCGACCAGCCACCUCCACAGGUCCGGGUGGCAGAUGGAGACCCCAGAGGUCUAUUAUGGGUUCUGGAUGAGGAGAUGGUGACACCAGCCUCCUGCGAGAACAGUGCCCUCGAGAGAGUCUGCCAGUAUUACAGCAACACUGUGCGUCAGUGUGAGCAGCCGUUGCAAUGCGAGGUGAACCACCUGAUGGGCGGUGACCCCGUCCGCUACGACCUGACUGGAUGGUUCGGUCUGAUCCAGAACAACCCGUCUGCGCUCAAUGCCAUCUGUCUGCUCCAAAACUCCACCAUAGGGGAGGUGAAGUCUAUGUUCACCCCCAGAAUCUCCCUGCCAGCUCUGUGUCGAGGUCUUGGGGGGCUGGAGGGCGGCAGCCAGCGCUCUCUGCAGAGAAACGGCACCAUCAGGAAAACGUUCAGCGGGGGGAUGGCGGCCAUACGCAGACACUCGCAGUGCAUCGCGGUAAAACUGCAGGCUGAUGCUCUGGUGAAUCUGAUUCGUCGAGCCCGGCCGGUGUUCCUGCAGUGUCUGAGUGCAAAGUCUGACGGAGGAAGUUUUGACGUCCCAGCUCUCAGAGUGCAGCUACACUCCACACAGAUCCUGUCGGCACUGCAGCUCUACCGCACAGGUUAUCCUGAUCACAUGACUCUGAGCGACUUCAGGUGUCAUUUCCAGGCGCUGUCUCCUCCAAUUAUGAAACGUUAUGCCUCAAUGUUUGUCAGCCACGAUGAGAGAAAGGCGGUGGAGGAGCUGCUGGUUGAGCUGGAUGUGGAUAAAAAGAGCAUUGUCGUAGGAGCCAGCAGGGUGUUUAUGAAGCGAGGUGUGCUGCAGUACCUGGAGCAGCAGAGGGACCAGCAGGUCACCGGUUGGCUGGUCCAUCUACAGGCCGCCUGCCUGGGACAUCUGGCCCGGCAGAAAUACCGCAAACUCAAGGUACAGCAGAUGGCAGUCAGCUGUCUGCAGAGGAACCUGCGGGCUCUGAGGUUUGUGGCCAGGUGGAGCUGGUGGAAACUUUUCUGCAGAGUGCGACCUCUGCUCGAUGUCAACAUGGACAAUGAAAGGCUCAGGGCCAAAGAGGAUGAGAUAUCAGCUCUGAGACGACGCCUGGAGAAGUCAGAGAAAGAGAGGAAUGAGCUGAGGCAGACUGCAGACAGCCUGGAGACCAAGGUUACGGCUGUGACAUCUGAGCUAAGCGAUGAGCGUUUCCGUGGUGAUGCAGUGGGUCAGGCUUUGGAUGUGGAGAGGGCAGAGAGACUUCGACUCGGCAGAGAGAACAAAGACCUGCAGGCUCGCUUAGACCAGUGUAAAGUCACCAUGGAAACCCUGGAGAAGCAGCUGGAGGAGGAGAAGCAGAAAGCUCAAGUUGCUGAGAGUCAGAGAGGAGCAGGGACAGAAAGCGAGCUGGCCAUGCAGCUGGAAUGCUGCCAGACUGAGGUGGAAUUUGUCCGCAGACGACUGAAGCAGACAGAAGAAAAACUGGAGACAGAGAGGCAGACCCGACAGCAGCUCGAUACCAAGGUGGCAACACUGCAGGCCCAGCUGGAACAGUCCAGGAGGAGCACGACCGAACUGAAACGUCACUGUCGCCGAGUGACCUCUGACCUUCAGGAUGCCCGAGUCCUCACUGACAGUCUGCAGAGCCGCAUGCACGAAGUGGACCGCAAACAGAGAAGGUUUGAUAACGAGUUGACUCAGGCUCUGGAGGAAGCCGACAAUGAGAGGGAGCAGAAGGACAAAGCCUUUCAGGAAAACGCAGCUCUGGGGGCUGAAAUCUACAACCUGCGCCACAACCUGCAGGAGAGCCAGACAGAGGUGGGUCGUCUGCAGAAGCAGAAGGAGGAGCUGUGCGCUCAGAUCCGUGACCUCAGCCUGCCCGUCGAUCUCGCCGCGGAGUCACUGCCUGACCUAAAGAAGCAGCUUCGCCUCCUGGAGAGCCAGGCCAACGAGAGAGCGGAGGAAAUCACCAAACUCACCGCCAGGAUACAGCAACAGCAACAGAUACACAUGCGGUUUGAGAUGGAGAUGGAGAGGAUGAAGCAGAUCCAUCAGAAGGAGCUGGAGGAUAAAGAAGAGGAGUUAGAGGAUGUCCAUAAGUCCUCUCAGAGACGGCUGAGGCAGUUGGAGAUGCAGUUGGAGCAGGAGUACGAAGAGAAACAGAUGGUGAUUCAUGAGAAGCACGACUUGGAAGGACUCAUUGCUACCCUGUGUGACCAGGUGGGACACAGAGACUUCGAUGUGGAGAAGAAACUGAGGAGAGACCUGAAGAGGACUCAUGCCCUGCUCGCCGAUACCCAGCUGCUCCUCGCCACCAUCGACAGCUCAGGGCAGAACCUGCCAAACGGCAGCAAAGAACAGAUAGAACGGCUGCACUGCCAGCUUGAGGAGAGUGAAGCGAGACGACUCGAGGCCGAGAGUGUUCAGACGACUCUCUCCCAGGAGCUGGAUAACACUCAGAUUGAACUGGAAAAUAUCUGCAAGCAGAAGAGUGUGGUGGAUGAGCAGUUGGCUGUGCUGCAACACGAGAAGACUGACCUGCUGAAGAGGCUCGAGGAGGACCAGGAAGACCUCAACGAACUUAUGAAGAAACACAAAGCGCUCAUUGCACAGUCCUCCAGUGACAUCUCUCAGAUCAGAGAGCUGCAGGCUGAACUUGAGGAGGUGAAGAAACAGAGGCACUCUCUGCAAGAAGAGCUCCAGCAGAGUGUGUCAAGGGUGCAGUUCCUCGAGUCGUCCACUGUGGGGCGUAGCAUCGUCAGUAAACAGGAGGCUCGCGUAUGUGACCUGGAAAACAAAUUAGAGUUUCAGAGAGGGCAAGUCAAGAGGUUUGAGGUGCUGGUGCUGCGUUUAAGGGACAGUGUGGUUCGUCUGGGAGAGGAACUGGAACAGAGCGCUCAGGCCGAAGCUCGUGAGAAAGAGAACGCCCGCUACUACCAGCAGCGCCUGCAGGACAUGAGGCUGGAGAUGGAGGAGCUGUCCCAGAGAGAGCAGAACAGCAGCCGCAGACGCAUGGAGCUGGAGAUGCAGGUGGAGGAGCUGACUGCUGUCAGACAGGCGUUGCAGGCCGACCUGGAGACAUCCAUUCGCCGCAUUGUCGACCUACAGGCCGCGCUAGAGGAGGUGGAGUCGAGCGAUGAGAGUGAUGCUGAAAGCGUUCAAACUGCUGUGGAGUCCUUGACUCGAAAGAAAGACCUUGACUCUGUGUCCAGUGUUGGCUCUAUUGGGACAGAGGAUGUUGGAGAGGGGAUUCGACACUGGUUGGGAGUUCCUAGAGGAGGAUCCCGUGGUGGUGGCUCGCCCUACAGCAGCCAUGGUGGGCGUCAGUCUGUCGCAGACACCAUGAGCACCUACAGCUUCCGUUCUUGUGUGGAUCCUGACGAUGAGGGCUCUGAGGCUGGAGGAGUUGGUAACAGAGGUCCUGGUCGAGCCCCAUCCUCCUCAGCUCUGUCUGAGCUGUUGGAUGGACUUCGUAAACGCAGAGCUGGCGGUGAUGCAGGAGAUGGAGCUGGCAGCGCCGUCUCCCUGCCAAUUUAUCAAACCACUGGAGCUUCAACUCUUAGAAGGAGAGCCUCAGCCCUCUCUCUCAGUCCAGAAGACAUUCAGGAACCCCGACCUGGUCCCAGCAUCCUCAAACCGUCCUCCCCACUCCUGCCACGUGCAGCCAGCACUCGCUCCAUCGCUGACUCUCAGGUAUCUGCCGGGACCUCUACAGCCAAACUGUCUCGCUUCAACUCAAGUGAUUCCCUUUCAUCGGUUCCCUCAUUGCCGCGCCUCUCCUCCUUGGCAUCCUCACUCGCCACUCGCCAUCGUCCUCCCUCCCUUGCCAUCCCAGAGGAGGACUCUGAGGAGCCCCUGCGCUCUGUGACGACUCCCAUCCAGCGCUCCCCUCAGGCACCGCGACGGUGCAUGCUGGGGAGUCUUGUUACAGAGGAUGGAGGCGAGGGUUCUCUGGGAUCAGAACCAAUGGUCUUCCAAAACCGGCGCCUGGCUGGGGACCGCGAUGACGCAGCCUCUGAUAUUCUGCCUGCCAUCCGGAGAGCGCAGUCUACCAGCAGCCUGGCCAGCUCCGUCAGAGGGGGGAGGAGGGCCCUGAGUGUCCACUUCGGAGAGCUGCCUCCUUCGACCCGCAGCAGAAAAGGCUCAGAGACAGAGUCGUCCAGCUCAGGUGGAUCAGGAGGAAGCUCCCAGGGCAGCGGGCCGAGACGCAGGUUCGAGAGGCCGCAAGGAGAAAGACUGGAGGCAGAGGGCAGCGAGGGCGGAGACGUGGCAUCAGUCAUGAAGAGAUACCUAAAAAAGGAGGUUGACUGAAGCAGAUGAGCUGUGAGCUUCAAAGAAACACUGCAGGAGGCUGAGUGAAAAUGCUUCAGAAGUCAAUGCAGAUGCUUCAAUAGUAAAGCCCCUGAAAAUACAACUGUCCAAUUCUCAAGCACUCAGUCGACUGUAUUUUCAAAUAAGCACUGUUUGUAUAUGAAUUAAAAACAAAAAUGAAAUGAA